AGAGGCAGAGAGCAGAGAAUCAGAGAGAGGCUAAGGCGGUCCAGCUAGAGACUGAACAAUGGAGACUGGAGACUAGAGAGAGGCGGAGAGCAGAGACUAGAGAGAAAGCAAGUCCCAAGCCCAAGAAGGAAGCUUUGAACAUUAUAGUGCACAAGAUGGAGGUGGUGGUGGACAAAAUAUCUGAAUUGCCAGAGCCUCUUCUACAUUACAUUUUGUCUUUCCUUCCCAUUAAACAAGUUGUUCAAUCCAGUACAUUGUCCAAGAGAUGGAAUCAUGUCUGUUCUACAAUCCCAGUUCUAGAAUUUGAUAAAUCCUUCUUCGAGUCAAAGUUGUGGUGUCAAGACACUAAGGAAACUUGCGAAAUCCAGAGAAAGAAGGUGGAGUUAUAUCACUUUGUGGAGCAAAAUUUACUAAGCCGCCGUAGGCAAGGGCUAAGUAUAAAGAAGUUUACACUUGCAGUGUGCUUGAGCACACCGAAAUCAGUGUCUCGUGUGAACCGGUGGAUUGAAUAUGUAGUCAAGAGUGACGUUGAAGAGCUUAAUCUUGACUUUCAAACGUUUAAAUGGAAGUGGAAGAGUUAUUAUCCCUUGCCACAGAAUAUUCUACUUGCAAAAUCAAUAACUGUGUUGAGGUUAAAGGCAUGUAGGUUGGAUUCAUACUUUGGUGAUAUAAACUUAUCCUCUUUGAAAAUUUUGUCUUUAUAUAAUGUGGGUACAAAUGAUCAAAUUAUCCAAAAUCUAGUUGCCGGGUGUCCUGUGAUAGAAGACAUAGGAAUUGAAAACUGUUGUGGGUUGAAAUGUAUACAGUUCUCUGGUCUACCUAAAGUCAAGUCAAUUGAGUUGAAAAGCAAUAAAGGUGUUGAGACAGUUGAAUUAGAAGCAUCAAAUAUUUAUCAUGUACAUAUCCAACAGUUUGAAGCAUCCAAGAUCAACCUGGUGCCCUGUAAAAAUCUGAAGUUAUUAAUGCUAGGAAAACUGCACAUAACAGACAGCUGCUUCAAUUACCAUAUUUCUCAACUUCCGCUCAUUGAGUACUUGUCCGUAUAUUGGUGUGAUAAGUUGGAAAGCAUUAAGAUUUCAAGUCAUCGUCUUAAGACAUUACACAUAUUGAAAUGCGACAAGCUGGUUGAAGUCGAGAUUAACACUCCAAAGUUAUGUAAACUUUCAUAUCUUGGUGGUAAUACAAUAUCCUUUUCAGUGACUGCUUUGGCUUAUUUGUCAAAAGCUACCUACCAGAUGUUGCACUCCGAUGCUCCUUGGAAUGUUAAAAAGAUGGAAUUGCUUGCAAAUUUGAGUAAUUCCAAAUUAUUGGAGUUGCUAAAUAUUAACUCCACGAAGGAUAUGGUUAUACCAAAGGAAUUGAGAGACAUAGUAUCAUCCCCAUCAUAUAGAGUCAAGCAGUUGAAGGUAGAGAUAUCGAAGUCAUUUACUACACAUGAAUUCAUUGAACUUGUGGAUAGCUUGCUCUGGAUUUCUCCUCGUCUAGAGCUUUUGUUAAUAACAUAUGGGGAAUGGAUUGACAAGAAUUGGUAUCGUGAGACCAUAUCUUUCAAGUUCUCCUAUGAAAAGCCCAUUCUUACAGGGGAGAAUUAUAGUUGUUGCAAAUUCCUUCCAGAUCCAUGUUGGAGGCAGUGCUUAAAGAGUGUCACGAUUGAGAAUUGUAGAGAACCUGCAAAUGUAGAGACUGUGAAGGCAGAUAAAGAAAUUCUAGAGAAGUACUUUUAUGAGAAUGCAAAGAUCUUGGAGAGCUUCCAAUUCAAUCCUAAAGUUGAAUGACAAAAAUUUUAAAGUAUCGUUUAAGAGAAUGUAGGUAUUGUAAGUUGAAUGACAGAGAGAAUGGAGACUGAGAUAAUGUCCAGUUCCAUCAUCUGUAGACAUCAUCUCUGUCUAUGCCUAGAGUGCCUGGCUUGACUUGACGUUUUA